AUGACCAUCUACAAAUCCGAUCAGCCAUCCGUUGAGAUCGAUGAAAACCCCAUGGGUACUCAGAUCCUAGAAUCCAUCUGGAAACAUUCGCUUCACGACCCUAACAAAAAAGCUUUUGUAAGUCAUUGUUUUUGUUCAAUUCUCUCUGCAGAUUUGUACACGUAAAUAAGAAGACCAGAGGCAUUUUGCCUGCAUAAACAGUAGAUUUUUCUAAGGAUUAAUACGGUUACUGCAGCUUAUAAUAAUUCUUGCAGGUAAACGCCAAGGAUGAGAAUGACUUUGUGACUUACCGUGAAUUAUAUCUCAAGAUCCAUUCCUUUGUCGCAUUUUUAGCGGAGAUCGGAGUAAAACAGGGUGAUAUUGUAGCACCUGUUAUGAGAAAUCGAUGGGAAUAUUCGAUUAUUUUGUUUGGAUCAUGGGUGGCCGGCGCUACUGUCAGUCCCGCCAGUUUUGCAUUCACUGAUUGUAAGUUGACUGCAAAAUGUUUUAGAAAACGGACAAAACCCAAUUUUUUUUAAUAAAUAAUUUUCUAGGGGAAUUGGCAAGGCAACUGAAUGAUUGCAAAGCCAGUCUUCUGAUAUGUGAUGAGACCUCACUUGAAACGGUUUUGCCAGCUAUCAAGAACUCGCCAAGUGUAAAGGUAAUUCUGGUUUGUAACCAAAUUCCUUUGUUCUGCUCAGAUUUACAACGUUUUUUUAGAAACUCAUCAUCUUGGGCGAUCAUUCCGGACAUUCAGUGCCCGGAAUUAAAGUUUAUAGUUUCACAGAUGCCCUUAGGACAGCUCCUUUAAAUUCGCUUCCCAAAAUAAGAUGGAAUACCAAGAAUGAUGUUUGUAUAAUUCCAUAUUCGAGUGGGACUACAGGGCCUCCAAAGGGAGUGAUGAUUACUCAUUGCAAUAUGUCUGCGAUGAUGGCAAUGUUCAGAGCGUAAGUCGCUUACUUAGGGCGUGAUUGAGGCCCGAAUAUAUUAAAAAGUACAACAAUGCUUUCAGCUGUCUUUUCACUUCCGUUUUCAAGGCCAUCGAGCCUGAUUAUGACCCCAGGAAUGAAUCGGUUCUGAUCUUUCUCCCCUUCUACCACGUCUAUGGAAGCUCCCUUGUCACGAACUCUAUGUUUAUUGGAGGCACUUCAGUCAUCAUGAGUUCAUUUGAACCCGAAGUGUUCUGUUCGGUAAUUGAGAGAUACAGAAUGAAAACUGUCAGCGUGGUCCCACCGAUUCUUGUUUUUAUGGCCAAGAGUCCAAUCGUGGACAAAUAUGACUUAAGCUCGCUGAAAUUCGUAGCUUCCGGAGCUGCGCCUUUGGGGCAAGAUUUGAGUAUUGAAGUAAUGAAGAGACUUCCCAAUGUAAAAGGGGUUCAUCAAGGUCAGGAAUGAGAUUUUUUCAUCAUUUGUGUGACAUAAAAUGCUGCAAACCUUUUCGUUUUAGGCUAUGGUAUGACUGAGAUGACUAUGGCAUCCCACAGAAUGGCCCCAUUGCUUGCGGUUGGCGACAAGAUCAGUUCAAUUGGCACACUCAUGCCAAACGUUGAGUCUAAAAUUGUUGAUCCAAAUACGGGAAAAUCCCUGGGGCCAUAUCAAAAUGGAGAGAUUUGUGUUCGAUCGCCCGGUGUAAUGAAAGGAUACCUCAAUCGAAGAAAAGAAACUGCCGAUACAAUAGAUUCAGAGGGAUGGCUACACACAGGAGACAUUGGUUAUGUGGACAAAGACGGAUUCUUCUUCAUUGUGGACAGGCUAAAGGAAUUGAUCAAAGUCAGGGGAUUCCAAGUGCCUCCAGCCGAAUUGGAGGACCUCCUUCUUUCCCAUCCGUUGAUAGAUGACGCUGCUGUUAUUGGGGUGAAAGACCAGAGGUCUGGGGAAUUGCCUAAGGCAUUUAUUGUCCGGAAAUCAUCGACGUUGACAGCCGAAGAGGUCAAGAAGUUUGUGGCAGGUAAAAUAUAAGAGACUUAUUUUUACUGCAUUCUUUUUAUUGCAAUAGUUAUCCGAUCUCUCCAUUUUCAGAGAAGACAGCACCUUACAAACAUCUAAAAGGAGGCGUCGAAUUCAUUGAACAAAUUCCAAGAAGUUUGUCGGGUAAAAUUUUGAGAAAAGAGCUUCGAGGAAGCGCUGGACUUGCUAAAUUGUAG